AUGAGGCCCGCUUAUGGGAUUGGGAGUGAAAGUGAAGGUGAAGGUGAAGGUGAAGUUGAGUUUAGUGAGGAGGAGGAGGAGGGGGUGAAUGUGAAGCAGAUAGAGUUUUUGAAAUCACCCUUUCUAAUGAAUCAAGAAAGUUUGAAUGCGACGUAUUCUUUAUGGGGUAUAAAAUCAUUGGUUCCCAUAGUGGGGUUAAACUUUGUAGUUGAACCAAGUCUCAGCUUAGAGGGCGUGGAGGUUGCUAUAAGCACUCAUUUUUUUGGCAUCGAGAAUCACAGGUUCAUGGAGGCAACCCCAAGUUUAGCAUGUGCCAACAAAUGUGUUUUUUGUUGA